AUGUACGAGGAAUUAAAAGCUAGCGCUGAGACUGUUUCCUUCUCUCUUGAUGUUUGGAAGACAUCUAAUAAGAAGUAUAUUCUUGCCGUUAUUUGCCAUUGGGCUACAGAGGACUUCGAAGAUUGCCAGCUCGUUAUUCAUUUUGGUCAUCUCAAGGGUUCCCACACUGGGGAAAACAUGGCUAAAGAGAUUCAAGAAGUACUUCAAAACUUUGAUCUAGAGCAGAAACUCGUGGCUAUCUGUGGCGACAAUGCUAGUAAUAACCCUACACUCUGCUGCUCUCUUCACAAGCUCCUAAAACAGCGAUUUGUUGACUCAGUUCAAAAAUUGAAUCUGCUAGGUGAAGACCGCAAAUUAAUGUGUUUUAGAGGUGAUAAGAGCUUUGUCCGCUGCCUAGCACAUGUGCUGAAUUUAAUAGCUAAAUCAAUGCUAAAGAUAUUCAAAGUAGGCUCACACCAAGAAGCAAAGAGGCGAGUUGAUAAAUAUAUGGAAUAUGCCUCUGUCGCCCUCGACUACAAUGUUGAUACUCAAUGGAAUGCACUUCUAAAAAUGCUUGAGAUAGCAAUUCGAGAGCGGUCUGCAAUCAAUUGCAUGUGCAAGGAGUAUGAUCAUUUUGAUGACAUUAUUAAAUUGCAAGGUGCCUAUGCUAGCAUUGAUAUACAGAUUCAAGAUACAGCAAGAGUAGGGCGAAAGGCCUUGGACAAAUAUACGAAGAAGAUGGACGCAGAGACUCUUAUUAUUUACUCUGCUGCUGUCCUAGAUUCCCACAUUAAGACUGAGCUUUUAAAGAUUCAUCUUGGAGAUAAUGCUAUCGAUGUGAUCAACAAUUUGCGAGUUCAUUUUAAUGAGAUAUCUCCUGCACCAGAACCUACACUUCCUUCCAGUUGCUAG